AGCCCAACCCACCCCCAGAUCUACCGCCUCUGGCGCUCUCGCGACACGCGCAAAGGCCGCCACGCCCUCCGCAUCUCCACCACCACCACCACCAGUAGCACUCCCACCAGCCCCCCUCCUCAAGCCCAUGACUCCGCACCCCCAAAGCAUCACCACGUUCCCGUGCCCGUGAUCACAACACCGCAACCCCCCACCACCCACCCGCGCAUCAUCCUCGCAACCCUCAAAAGCAUGCUCACCACCUUCCCCUACUGGGACCUCUCGUACCUCAUCGCCGUCACCUUCACGCUCGGCUCCGCCAUCUGGAUCGUCAACGCGUUCUUCGUGUGGUUGCCGCUGCAGGACCCCGGUACAGUGUUUCGGGGGGAGGAGGGCGCGGGCGGCGGGUGGACGGCGUUCGUGGGGGCGGCGGUGUUCGAGGUGGGGAGUUGGGGGUUGGUAGUUGAGGCUUGGGGAUCAGAUACGACUAAAGCGAUUAGCAAUCUCGUCCUCCGCCCCAGUACGGAAACCUGUACAUGUCAUCAUUCGAAUCGGAAGGGACUGUUAUCGUCAUCGUCGUCGUCGGGCAGGAAGAAGGCCGCUACUGCCACUGCCCUGGCCGGUUUUUCUGCGGGAGCUGCUACUACCACCACCAAUACAUCCGCCUCCCGCCCCCAACGCACUUCCAAAAGGGUCAACCACUACCUCCACGACCUCGGCUUCCUGGCCUCCCUCGCCCAGCUCGUCGGCGCCACCAUCUUCUGGAUCGCGGGCUUCACCGGCCUCCCUGGCAUCCUCGGGCACAUGAGCCCCCCACUGACGGACGGGGUGUACUGGGUGCCCCAGGUCGUGGGCGGGGUGUGCUUCGUCGUCAGCGGCGGGCUGUUCACGCUCGAGACGCAGGAGCGGUGGGAUCGGCCCGCGUGGCGGGUGCUGGGGUGGCAUAUCGGGGUCUGGAAUCUGGUGGGCGGAGUCGGCUUCACCCUGUGCGGCGUGUUCGGGCUGGUGGGGAUGCAGUAUCAGGCGUGUCUGGCGACCUUCUGGGGGUCGUGGGCGUUUCUCUGGGCUUCGGGGUUGCAGUGGUAUGAGAGUUUGGAGAAGUGGCCGGUGGAAAUGGAG